GUUCAGUGAAGGCGGCAUCAGAAGUUGCGCAGCUGCCCGCGCCGUUGGUCGUUAGAAGCGUCAACAAAGUUGCGUCGUCAAACCGGUUUGUUGUUUUUUAACAUCAAUGCGAGUCUACUCGGAGGGUCAUAGGAGCGACAGACCGACAUGUUGAAUGUCGGAGGCGAAAAUAAAGCCGAGGUCACACAUGGAAACCUGCGUUACGUCAUCGCUGGACCGACCCGCGGCGGAGCUGACGGUCACCGACGUGUACGACAUAGCGGCGGGGCUCGGGCAGGAGUUUGAGCGCGUCAUCGACAGGUUUGGGUGCGAGUCUCUGGUCGGAGUGGUGCCCAAAGUGGUGCGGGUGCUGGAGCUGCUGGAGGCCCUGGUGAGCCGCGCAGCCGCCGGACAUGAGGCCGAGGAGCUGCGGAGGGAGCUGGACAGACUGCGGCAGGAGCGCAGCGACCGAUUCGCGCAGGACAAGAGGCACCAGAGGGAGUUGGAGCUGGUGGAGGAUGUGUGGCGAGGAGAAGUUCAGGACCUGCUCUCUCAAAUCAACCAGCUCCACACAGAGAACAAGAAGCUGUUAGUGAGCCUCUCGCUCAAAGAGUUCCCCGUCCCAGAGGAAGAGCAGCAGCAACAGGGGGGAAUGUCAGAGAAGGACAAGCAGGUGAUGAAGAAGCUGAUGGACUCUGUGAAUAAGCAGAGGGAUGAAAUCCGGGCUAGAGACCAUGAACUGACACUUAAAAACGAGGACGUUGACGCGCUCCAGAUGCAGCAGCAGCGGGUGAUUAGAAUCAACCAGGAUCUUCGUCACAGGGUUGGCGUGAUGGAGGCUCAGGGCAAGUCGCUGAUCCGGCAGAGGGCUGAGCUGGAGGCUGCAGCUCAGGCACGGCAGCAGGAGCUGGUCGCUGUGCAGCGGGAGGUCACAAGGCUGAGAAAAGAGCUCCAGGAGAGGAAAAUGGAGAAAAAGGUUGCUGAUGUAGAAGAGACCUCUUCUAGCCGAUCUGGGAUAUCACCACCUGCGUCGUCGCUGACGACGUCGUCUUCAUCUAACUCCAUCAAACCGAAUUCAGUGUGGGUGGAGUGUGGAACGGACCCUGGCUUUCAGGCAAACUGCUUUGAGCGUGACAAGAGUCCUUCACUUCUCCCAAGGUCAUCAAAAAGAGUAGAUAUUGAGGAAAAGGGACACGAAGACGAGGACACGAAAAGAUCCUCACUGGUGUGGGAGGAUACAGAGCCAGAGACAGACAGCCCGGAACAAGACUCGAACAAACCUCGCUUCACCCUGCAGGAGCUGCGGGACGUCCUGCAGGAGAAGAACGAACUCAAGGCCCAAGUGUUCUUGCUACAGGAAGAACUAGCACAUUACAAAAGCGAGGAGUUUGAGGAUGACAUCAGCUUCAUGGUUUGUCCUCCAUCUCCGCCCCCAAUCGCCGGUUGCACUGAUCAGGGCGAAUCAGGCAUUAGAAGCUUGAUCUUCACUGCCAUAAUGCCGAUGGUGGCAGCCGGCUUGAUUGCGGAUGACCCUACAUUGUUGCCGAUAAGACGACUUUUUUUUGUAUGACUUUGCAUUGAAUUAUACAAUCGUACUUUUUACCAUUUUGCAACAAGUUGUCAAGAGACAUAUUUACCUGAAUGUAUUUGCUAUUUAAAACUAAAUCCGUUUAUGUUUUAAACAGUUAAAACUGUAAUUAAUGAUGUCAACCGUAAUAAUACAAUUUUGCCAUAGCUGGACACUUUAAUGUGUAUUAAUGACCUCUAAGGAGUGUCAUCAGAAAUUGUGAGGGUGGACAUGCUUCUGUAAAGUUUUCCCACUACAUUGCUUAAAAAUACAUAAAUUCUAUCAAUGCAUUUCUCAGAGGAUGAAUUGUUCUGUUCUUUGCAUUCUCCGAAUAAAGACAUCAAAUGUCA